AUGGCAGUGCUCAAGAAUGAUAUCCUACCGGCGGUUAUAUAUAAUACGCUCCCAAACAUCCGCAAUGUCUUCGACGUUCCGUAUGCCAACUCAGUCGACAUAGCAGAUCUCAAGAACUUGCUUAACAAGUAUAAUCUGUCUGACCGAGUGCGUAUCAAGCUAGUCCAUAUACACUUUCGCCUCAAAGAGGGCGAGGUCUUUGCUGCGCAGGACAUCCAUACCCCCAAUCAUGGAAGCAUCACCAUCAUGCGGCCUCUCCCCGCCUUCCAGCACCGAUCUCUCUACGGGUACCACUACUUUGUAGAUGACCAGGGCAAUCUUUCCGCAUACGAGCAUGCAAUGGACAAUGUCUCGACCCACGAACUUGAGUACCCGGCGAAACGGACUUGCAUCGACGUGCCGUACGAAGUUCCACUGCCGUACAGUAAGGACAGCUUCGAUACCAUGACUGAGUUCAUUCGAGAUUGGCCCAUGAAUUCCGAGGGAUUCGAGGUUGUCGGAGACUCGGGGGUGGCCAGGCAACAGCCAACUAAGUCUCACACACAUCAUGUGCACCAUAAACACACGGAUAGACACACGGACAGUCACGAGGAUAACGAUGGGCUGUCCGAUGGUGCCACCAUUUCUGAUCAAGACUCCUUAGAUGGUGAGACUAUGGACGGUCUUUACGUCAGAGGUGGACUGCCGCGCGAGAUUGAGCUCGCCGGAGAUAAGUUGGAUCAAUCCUCUGGGUUGUAUGAGAUUGUGUCGUAUAUUGUCGAUAAUGUCUAG